AUGGUUUUCCUGCGGGCCCGGGACAGGCGGGGAUCCCUGCGGAGCCGGGCAGGGCGGUCCCUGCUGGGGGGGACAGAGUUUCCUGCCCGAGGAAAUGGGCUGAGCCCGGCCGGGAACGCGGCGUCCUGCACCGUGACAGCCUCUGGUCCCGGGUGCUGGCCCUGCUGCGGUCCCUGGAACUGGGCAGCUCUGCUGAGUCUCCCUGCCAUGAAGUGGCUUUGGGUGGUGGCUUUGGUGGCACCUGCCUUCACUGCUCCCUACAACAGCACAGCGGGCACAAGGGACGGGGACAACAGGGACAGAGGCCGCUGCACCCUGCAGCAUGGCACCCUGGGCACCGAGGUGCUGCUGCGGUGCCCGGCCGCAGCGGGGGGCCCUGCUGAGUGGCACCAGGGGGACACUGUCCUGGGGACAUUUCCUGCACCCGGGCUGGCCCUCCCCAACGCCAGCCUGGCCCACGAGGGCUACUACAGCUGCCACCACCCUGGCACCGGCGAGACCUGGGCCACCAUCUGCCUGCGGCUGGGCUAUCCCCCGGCAUUGCCAGCCAUGGAGUGCUGGGCCAUCAGCUACCCACAGGCAGUGAACUGCUCCUGGGCCCUGGCCCCUGAGCCGCUGCUGGACACCGACUUCGUGGCCACGUACAGGCACGGUGUGGGGGGGGACACAGAGCAGGGGGAGUGUGUCCCCACGGGGCCACGGAGCUGCUCCUUCGGGGACCUGCAGGUGUUCUCCCUCACUCCCUACGUGCUGAACGUGACAGCUCUGAACCCCCUGGGCACUGCCUCCCACCUCCUGCCCUUCCUCCUGGAGAACAUCAUAAAGCCAGACCCUCCUGAGGACCUGCAGGUCUCACCUAUCCCAGGGGAGACCAAGAAGCUGCUGCUGGAGUGGAGCCCACCAGGGUCCUGGCCCUUCCCGGAAUACUUCCCACUGAAAUAUCUCAUCCGCUAUGCCCAGGAGGGGGGCUCUGUCACCAAAACGAUCGGGCCGUACGAGCAGACAUCCCACAUCCUGACAGAGGUGCCACCUGGGACCCUCCACCACAUCCAGGUGGCUGCCAAGGACCUCACAGACUCUGGGGAGGUCAGUGCCUGGAGCCUGCCGGCCUCAGGGACACCAUGGAUGGAGCCGUGACAGGCCAGGCAGGAGCAGUGUUGCCUUCCCCAUCCUGCUCCUCGCCCCAGUCCCAGCGAGGGACCCCACCUGCCCCAGCCGCUCAGUCCCUGUGUCCCCAGCACUACAGAGCCACCCGUUACUGGGAAGACCCUCCAGAAACAGGCAAUAAACCAGCUUGAGGCUGAG